AUCAACUUCGGUAAUCGUUGUCUCCCUUGUGUGAAAACUUGAGAAUGGCUGCCACCUUGGUUAAAGCUACUAGAAUUUCAAGCUGUAUUCAAACAGCUCUUCGGGGAACAUUACCCCGCCUUGCAGUGGCAGCAAGCCUACACAACACCGUUUACAUGAAUCACAUCGACAGAUGUCCGUCAGCAUGCAAAGUAUUAAAGCCACAGAUUCCAUCAUUACCAAUCUCUCGAACCUAUGCCCAGAAGGUGCCCUUGUCAAUUGCAACUGUUCGUGAAAGAGUUCUUUUGGUUUUGCGACUAUAUGAUAAAAUUAAUGCUGAAAAGCUUACCGAGACCUCACACUUCAUGAAUGACCUUGGACUGGACAGUCUGGACCAUGUUGAGGUCAUCAUGGCCAUGGAGGAUGAGUUUGGCUUUGAGAUCCCGGAUGUUGACUCAGAACGCUUGAUGACUCCAAAGGACAUAAUUGUUUACAUAUGUGAUAAGGAAGAUGUCUUUGAAUAGAGGUUAUUUCCUCUGAUUGUUGCUUGACGGAAGACACUCGAGCAGAAUAAAGCUGUUUCUAAUGACGAUCAUUAACACAGGAUGGACUUUUUAUCCAGCAAGAAGGAGAUAAAAUAGUUUUAUAAUUAGUGUUCCGUUCUUUGACAACAGAUUAAAAAGUGUAAAUUAUGGGGAGGGGACUAGUAUUCACUAAUUAAUGUGUUUUUGAAUCACGUUAAAGAGAAAAUGAAGGAUAAUUAUGGUUGUUAUCAAAGAUAUUUCCUUUUGCAAAUUUUUCUUGAAAAUAGUUAAAACCCAAAUUAACAGAAUUAAACCGUGUCCUUGAAAUGUUGCAGGUUCAUAAAAGAUUCUUUGAUUAAGAAAACAACUUCAGAAUGUAUGUGUUUGUUGAACAAUUGUGCUUCUAUUAUUUAGAUUUGUUGUUUGAUAUUAAACACAUGUGUUUAACCA